GCGCCAGGUGUCGGCGGCGCGCGCGGCAAAUGGAGUGGGUGCUUGCGGAAGCGUUGCUCGCGCAGAGCCGGGACCCCCGGGUCCUGCUCGGGACGCUGUGCCGCGGGGAGGCGUCCGCGGAGCGCGUAGAGACGCUGCGCUUUCUCCUGCAGCGGCUCGAGGACGAGACGGCGCGCGGCGGCGGGGACGCGCUCCCAGACGCGGUGCGCGAGGUCGCCGCCGGGUACCUGGUGCCGCUAAUGCGGGGCCUGCGCGCGCGCCCCGCGGGAGCCGCGGACUCCGACCCGCCGGCCGCGCACCGCCGGCGCCUGCUGAGGGCGGCGGGCGCGGCCCUCCGCUCGUGCGCGCGCCUCGCGGGGGGCCCGCAGCUGGCGACCACGCUGGCCGAGGAGGCGCUGCGUGACUUGCCGGCCGCGAGGCCGGCCCCCGGCCUCGAGGGGAGCGCCGAGGCGGCCGUGGAGGUGCUGGCGGCCGUGGGGCCCUGCCUGCGGCCCCGGGAGGACGGACAGCUGCUGGAGCGCGUGGCGCAGGCCGCGCUCUCUCUGGCCCUGGCCGGGGACGGGGAGGCGGCGGCGCUGGCGGCCGGGAGGCUGCUGCCGGCUCUGGGCCAGAGCGGCGGGGCGGUGCUGCGGACCGUGUGGGGCGGGCUGCUGGCGCCCUCGGAGCCGGGCCGCGUGGGUCCGAGGCUGCAGGUGCUGAGCGCCCUGGCCGAGCGGCUGCUGCCCGAGCCCGGCGAGCGCCCGGCAGGCCCCGACGCGCGACGCUGCGCGCCGUUCUGGCGGACGGUGCAGGCGGGGCUGGCGCUGGCCGAGGACGCGCUGACGCGCAAGCGCGCGCGCUACCUGCUGCAGCGGGCGGUGGAGGUGUCGGCUGAGCCAGGCGCCGAUGGCAUCUGCGGACCCCGGGAAGGAAACGGUCCAAGUCUGUUUUGGUGGUCUGAGAAGAAAAGAGAUGAACUUCUGAAGUUUUGGGAAAACUAUAUUUUAAUUAUGGAAACUCUAGAAGGGAACCAGAUACAUGUUAUAAAGCCAGUUUUACCAAAGCUAAACAAUCUGUUUGAAUAUUCAGUGUCAGAGGAAAACGUCCACCCGGAGCAACAGAAUGCGGCGGUCCAGUGUCAGCCUGAGACGUUCCGCGCGGGACGGUGGCUCCUUCACCCCUCCUGGCACUUGUGUAUUUACAAAAGGAUGUUCGAAAGUGAGAACAAAAUCCUGACCAAGGAAGGCGUUGUCCACUUUUUGGAGCUCUACGAAAUGAAGGUGCUUCCAUUUUCACAAGAAUUUUCUGAGUUUAUUAUUGGACCGUUAAUGGAUGCACUUUCAGAGAGCUCUCUAUAUAGCAGGUCCCCAGGCCAGCCGAUAGGAAGUGGCUCUCCACUGGGAUUGAAAUUACAGAAGUUUCUAGUCACUUACAUUUCUCUUCUUCCAGAAGAACUAAAGAGUAGUUUUUUGUUAAGUUUUAUUCAGAAGAUGACCAGUAGACACUGGUGUGCUGUUCCCAUUUUGUUUCUGUCUAAGGCUCUGGCCAGUGUCCCAAGAUGCAAAGCCCUGGGUCUGGAAGGGCUUCUGGCCCUCAGGGAUGUGCUCCAGUGCACCACGAUCACGCACCAGAUCCUGCUGAGGGGGGCGGCGCAGUGCUUCCUUCUCCGGGCAGCCAUGAACUUGGUUGAUGUGGAGAAAGUGUCGCUUUCCGACGUCUCAGCUUUUCUCACGUCGCUGAGACAAGAGGAGUCCUUAGCGCGAGGGACACCGCUGUGGACAGAGCUCUGUGAUUGGUUGCGUGUUAAUGAAAGCUGUUUUGGGCGACCCUCGGCUUGUAGCUCCGUUGGACUUCCAGAGACAGCAUGCUCCUUAAAUGCUUAUGUAAAGAACCUAGUUGAAGAGCAUAUUAAGCCACCUGCUUGGGAAGGAGCGAGCGGCUGGGUGCCCGGCUGGGGUGAGGCCAAGCUUGUUGCUCUGAUGGUCCUGCUGGCCGUGGACGUGGAAGGAAUGAAGACGCGGCACAGUGAAAAGCGGAGGAUGCAGAAUGUGCUGCGGACGUUCUUGGACCCUCUCCUGGACGCACUCGCAAAGCUCGGCUACAACGCCUACAUGCCUGUGCCGAAGACCGACAGGUGCCUCCAGCUGCUGGUGACGCUGCUGCACGAGGCCAGAGGCCCCAGCGCCCUGGAUGGGGAGGAUGAGGUGUCUCUGCUCCUCCAGGACUUCGUCGCGUCCACGGCCGAGAGCAUCUCCCAGUUUCUCCUCAGGAGGCUCACUAUGCAUGAACUGAGCAGCGUUUCAGACCUGGAUCGUGGCCACCUGUAUCUGCAGGUCUUCACGGAGCUCACGCACCUCCAUCGGGAGGUGGGGUGGAAGAGAGGCAACCCCACCUGGAGAGUAGUUUCUCUUUUGAGAGACGCAUGCAUUCGGCAUCUUCAGGACGAGGACAGCGGACAGGAGCCGGCGCUGGCGAGGCAGGUUCAGAGGGCGGUCAGUAUGGCGGCCCUGGCCGCGGUGUGCGAGGCCAUGGACCAGGAGCCGGAGCUGCAGCCAGACCCGCUGGACGCUGGGCCCAUGGAGAGGUUCCUGGCCUCCCUUCAGCUCAACCAGAUGCUGCGGAAGCCGUGCCCGGAGGAGCAAAGCAGUUUUUUUGAAGAAUCAUCCUCCUCCCAAGGAUGGGGCAAGAUAGCUGCACAGUAUAUUCACGACCAGUGGGUCUGCCUCUCCUUUCUGUUGAAAAAGGAUCACACUGGCACGCCCCCUUCAGAGGGGGAGCUCCUGGGGCGCCCUCUGCCGGCCGUGCGGGUGCCCGCGGGGACGUUGCAGUCCGCACUGGACGCCCUCACCGUUCUCCCUUCUGACCAGGUCUUACCUGUGUUCCGCUGCAUGAAGCUGCUGGUGCCCCAGCUUCUGGCCUCUUCUGAAUCAGUCUGCAUAGAGGCUUUUGACAUGGCGUGGAAGAUUAUAUCUUCUCUAAGCAACACUCAGCUGACAUUCUGGUCUAACUUAAAAGCUUUUGUUCAGUUUGUUUUUGAUACCAAAGUUCUUACCAUCGCUGCAAAAAUCAAGGGCCAGGCAUAUUUCAAAAUAAAAGAGAUUAUGUACAAGAUGAUUGAAAUGUCUGCUAUAAAAACUGGAGUCUUCAAUACACUGGUAACUCACUGCUGCCAGUCCUGGGUAGUUCCUGCUUCAAAUGUAUCCCAAGGGCCUUUGUCAAAUGCUAAACAUUACAGUGAGCUGGUCCUUGAAGCUUGUAUAUUCGGAACAGCGUUUAGGCGUGAUCAGAGACUCAUUCAGGACGUACAGACCUUUAUAGAAAAUCUUGGACACGAUUGUGCAGCAAAUGUUGUUAUUGAAAAUACCAAAAGAGAGGACCAUUAUGUCAGAAUUUGUGCUGUCAAAUUCCUGUGUUUAUUAGAUGGCUCAAAUAUGUCUCAUAAGUCGUUUAUGGAAGAUCUUGCAAUCAAGCUACUGGAUAAAGAUGAACUGGUGUCCACGUCUAGAACUCGGUACUAUGUGAAUUCUCAACAGCACAGAGUGAAGAACCGAAUCUGGCAGAUUCUACUCGUGCUUUUCCCCAGAUUUGAUCAGAAUUUCUUGAAUAGAAUCAUUGACAAGAUUUUCCAGGCUGGUUUCAUCAAUAAUCAGGCAUCCAUAAAGUAUUACAUAGAAUGGAUCAUUAUAUUGAUCCUUCAUAAAUUCCCUCAAUUUCUUCCGAAGUUCUGGGAUUGCUUUUCUUAUGGUGAAGAAAACCUUAAAACAAGCAUUUGUACCUUCUUAUCAGUGUUGUCGCAUUUGGACAUCAUUACUCAAAAUAUUCCAGAAAAGAAGCUGCUGCUGAAGCGCGCGCUGACCCUUGUGCUGCGGUGGGGCUUCAGCCACAACUUCAGCGUCCGCCUCUACGCGCUGGUGGCCCUGAAGAAAAUCUGGGGCAUGUGUAAGAGGUGGCAGGUGGAAGAACUGGAGGCUUUGACGCCUGUGAUCGAAUCCAGCCUCAACCAAGUGGAGAACAUGCACGGAGCAGGGAACGCCAAGAAGAAUUGGCAACGCAUCCAAGACCAUUUCUUUUUUGCGACCUUUCACCCACUCGAGGAUUACUGCCUGGAGACCAUAUUUCACAUCCUUCCGCGCCUCUCAGGCCUUGUUGAGGACGAGUGGAUCGCCAUAGAGAAAUUCACCAGGUUCACUGACCUUCCUUCAGCUGCUGGACUUCAGGGCUACCAUUGUCCAACUCAGCUUCAUGAACUCAAACCAGGUGACUGGGCUCAGCAGGACAUAGGCUCUAACUCAAGUGAAGCGGACAACCAAUCCGAGUGGACUGAUGUUCAGAAGAAGAUAAUCCCGUGGAAAAAUAAUGCUCCUGAUUUAGACCUGGAGCUAGUAUUUCAGGAUCGUGCUUCCAAGCUUGGGAAGUCCAUCGGCAGACUGAUUGUAGUGGCCUCACUCAUUGAUAAACCAACCAAUUUAGGAGGACUGUGUCGCACCUGCGAGGUAUUUGGGGCCUCGGUGCUGGUCGUCGGCAACCUUCAAUGUGUCAACGACAAGCAGUUCCAGCACCUCAGUGUCUCAGCGGAACAGUGGCUUCCUUUAGUGGAGGUGAAGCCCCCUCAGCUGAUAGAUUACCUGCAGCAGAAGAAAGCACAGGGCUACACGGCCAUCGGCGCGGAGCAGACUGCCAGGAGUGUGGGCCUGACCCAGUACUGCUUUCCUGAGAAGUCCCUGCUGCUGCUGGGAAAUGAACGUGAGGGAAUCCCAGCAAAUCUGAUCCAGCAAUUGGAUGUCUGUGUGGAAAUUCCUCAACAGGGCAUCAUCCGUUCGCUUAACGUGCACGUGAGUGGAGCGCUGCUGAUCUGGGAAUACACCCGACAGCAGCUCCGGAGGCACGCGGGCACGCAGCCGUGAGGGCCACGCCUUUUCUGGGAUGUUAUUGGUGCUAUUGCCACAUUUUUUUUUUUAAAAGAAACUAUUUGGAUUAAUGAAACAGAUUGUGAAUUUACUGGGAUAAUUUGUAUAUUUUCUUACAAUUUAAUGCCAAACUUUUUCAUGUGCCUUAAGUAUAUUAUGUA